AUGGAUUAAGGAGAAUCUUUGGGAAUCUAUUUGCAAACAAUAAGAACUCUAAUGAAUUCGCGUAUUUAUUAGCAGUAAGAAAGUUAAAACAAAAGUGAAUUAGAUAUUUUAGAGGAAUAAGACUUUUUAAGCUAGUUGCUCGAAUCGCUUGUUGACCUACAAGAAAAGUUAAAAAGAGAUAGAUAAGAAAAAGAGGAAGAAUAUGAAAAAGAAAAGGAAAGACAGUAAGAAUAAAUAAAUUGCUUUUAGCAAGAAAUAGAGAUCUUUGAAUAGCAAAACUAGGAACUUGAAAAAUUAAUACAAAAUGAAGAAGAAUAACAUAUUUAAAUGACAUAGCAGCUUGCAAAAAGUUAGCUACAAAAUUUUUAAAGCAGCCAAAUACUUUAGGAACUAGACAAUGAAUUUUAUGAGAGCAAUAAAUUUAAAAUAAAGACAGAUGAAAUAAACUUUUAAAAUAAGCUAAUGAAAGAAAAAAAACUGCAGUUGCUAAAUGAGGAAAAAAUGAUUAAAUCUUAAAUAGAAGACCAAUAGUCUCUUAUUAAGAAACUUCAAAAAGAGCAUUUGCAAAUUGAAGCUUAAUACAGGAUGUUUGAAGAUAAAUUAAAUAAAAUGAGAAAAGAUCAAGAAACUUCCAUGACAGAAAAUUAGAAAUAAAAGUAGAAUAUCUAAUAAAUAUAAUAGUAAUGCAGAUAAUUAUUGGAGUAAAAUUAAGCUCUUAUGUCCUAAAGAGAAUCUAUACAAUAUCAAAUUGAAGAGGCUUUAUCAGAUCAUAAUAUUAUAAUGCCUUUAGGACAUCUGCAACAAAAUGGAAUACCUCUACCAUUUUCUUCAGAUCAUCAUGAAAAUGGUAUGCAUCAUUAGCAUAUCAGUAAAAAUACUUCAGCUCACUACGAAUAAGUAGGAGUUACUUCUUUAAAGGAUGAGAUUGGUGAUCAAUUCAGCGAAAAUUUCUUUUCUCCUAUUUCUUCUGUUACAGAAACAGACAGAGAAGAAAUAAUCAAUAAUGGAUACCACAAAAACAAUAAAUAUGCUAGUAAUAUUCAUCCCUUUAUAUUAGAAGAUAAAAAUUAAAAUAAUUAUUAUGAAUCUUCAGGAAAUACAACAGAGUAAUCCUCAACUAAAACUAGAUCUUCUGAGCACCCAUCUUCAACAUAAACAGUCCUGUUAGAAAAUCCUAUUAAAAAUAUGAAUAAAGUAAUGUUAGCCUCUGACUUUGGAAAUCAGUAUCAGUAUGAUGGACUUAAAUCUUCGUCUUAUCAAGAUGAGAUUAUUGAAUCAUCCAAAUUAAACCACACACCAUAAGAGUUUAACUUUUAAGGAUGUGGUGGUUUUAUAGGAAAUUAAAUUUUUAACAACAAAAACAACCAAAAUUAGCAAAACCCUUCAGGACCUAAACAGCUAAAUAAUUAAGAAAUACAAUAAAUUUGCACUAAUAUUAUUAGUUGGCUCACUUAUAAACCACUGAUACAGCUUAAAAAAAAUUAGAUACUCAAUUAAUGA